GUUCGCUUCGGCAUUUUUUCCCCUUAAAUCUGAUAAUAAUGAAAAUAUUAUAACGCUAAACAGCGACUGUUUUCGAAACAGAGCUUGUGUGCUCUUUGCACGGGUAAUACAAGUUUGUGUGAGUAUAAAACUUCUGAUACUUUCGAACAAAAAUGGCUUACAGAUAUAAACAGAACAUUCUAGACAGAGAUGAUUUAAUUGAGAAAAAAUUGAACGAGGCGCUUUCCAAGUUCACGUUCAAAUGUCUGGAGACAAUUAUGCGUCUAAAAAACAAUAAAAAUAUCGUCUUUAGUCCGUAUAGCAUAUAUAAGGGACUUUUAUUGAUUUACUUGGCAUCCAGUAAUGAAAUCCAAGCACAUAUAAGACAAAAACUCGAACUGCCUGAUAUUAAUAUCGAAAAAGGUAUUAGAAUUUGGAUAAUGAAGAAAAGAACACAGAAUCAGAAUUUGUCUAAUUAUAAUGACGAAAAUAGAUGUUGGAUUACAAAUACUAAAUGUUUAAAUACAAAAACGCAAUUGUUAUUUAGAGACGAUUUAGAAAUAGUAGGUUUUCAUCGACCCCAUACCUAUUUAACACAUCUAAUUAAUGAAUCUCUGCAAAAUACGAUAGGUAAUUACACGCGUUUAUUUGUGAAAUUAAAAAAUAUCUCUAAACAUAUGGAAAUUCUUCUGGCGACUACACUUGGCUUAAAAGGCGCAACAAUUAAAAAGAAUAAUAGUCAUCAUUUUAACAAACACAAGAAUAUGAAGAAUAUGCAUUCUUCGAAAAAUCCUAGAACAGUCGUAUCUCCCAAACUAGCGAUGAUCGUGACAGAGUUACCAUUCAUAGACAAAAACUUGUCGCUUUUCGUAUUAUUUCCCGCUGUCAAGUUUUCCGCUACCUGGAUAGUUCGUGGAGAGUUAUUGGAACUAUUCGAAAGAUUGGCGACCAGAGAAGGAAUCGAUGAGCUUCGCAGAGUGUUAGAUGACGAAGAGUCAUCGACAGUAAAGUUGCAAAAGGUCAUAUAUCCAAAUUUCUUCGAACUGCAAAACGAACUGGGGAUCAAUAAGCUUUUGAACACUUUUGACACUGUCAGACUACCUUAUUUCACUGCUCAAAAUCUACACCUUGGUGGUGCCAAGCAUUGCGCUUAUAUCAAAGUGAUACCUCUAAACAGUGUAAAAGUCACCGCUGGCGCAAUUAAUAUGUUCUUUACAAAAGAUGGUGGAUCCUUUAAACCAGUCCAAAAUAUUAAUCAUUCUAGAAAUUCGAAUAAGUUUAUUUGUCUACUCUACUGCAAAGACAGCCACACCAUCCUCUUCAUUGGUAUUGUUAAUCGAGAUAAACCGUAGUUUCCAUAAAGUUUUUCUGACAAAAACAUGUCCUGUUAUAAUAGCACAACAAAAUUCCACUAUAAUAUUUUUAGUAAAUUACUUUUUGU